AUGGCCGCUCCUAUUGUCGCGCUUUUGGAGUCUCUCGGGCAGCGUCGGCGACGCAUCUUUCGGGACGCAUUUGACGAGCUUACCGAGGAAGAGUUCCGCGAGGACUUCAGGCUCUCGAAGAGCACUGUGCGCUGGCUCUGUGAGCAAUUGGAAGACGCCAUCGGUGGCCUUCGGACCGGUGGCAUCACGACGCAAGACAAGGUGCUUUGUGCUCUCCGUUUCUUCGCGACGGGGAGCUUCCAAAGAUCCAUCGGCAGCGAAAAAUUCGUAUCCAUGGGGCAGGCUUCCGUGAGCGAGAGCAUUCACGCAGUUGCGGAAGCAAUAACCGUGGUGGGCCGGCAACAGGGUUGGGUGAGCGUCCCGUUGACAACGGCCGGCAAGGCUAGUGCAAAGUCGGCCUUUGCGGAUCGCGGCAGCAUUCCCGGUGUAGUGGCCUGUGUCAACGGGACGCUCAUAGCGAUAAAACAGCCUGACGGACUCAGUCCGGGUGAGACUGCGGGCUUCAUGUCAAGAAAAGGGUUCUACGCCUUGAAUACUAUGAUCGAGACUCAGGCUACCCUCUCUGAGCCAUGGCUGCUGACACCUGUGCCAGGCCACCCAGGCAUUGGCACUCCGGAGGCGCGCUACAACCGGGCCCAUGCCUCCAUGAGGAACGUUGUGGAGAGGGGUAUUGGCGUCUUGAAGCCCAAGGAUGCAGCCACAAUCGUGGCAGCCUGCGCCGUUCUCCACAACAUUGCUUUGAAGGCAGGGGAGCCGGAGCUGCAGGACAGCGAUGAGGAGGCCAAGGACAACCAGCCACCGCUGCAACAGGGCUUGCCUGUGCCUGAAGGGCACCACACCUGCCGGCAAGAAACGCCUAGAGAGCUGCUCAUGAGGGCAAAGCAGAUGAGGAGCCCGGUUGUCAACCUGUUCUCUGCGGCCCCUACCUGGCGUACCACUCAUCUGCGUGCGCUGCAUCGUCAGCUGAGGCAGCAACAGCAGGCUCGUCGCGCGGCUCAACCGUAA